AAAAUAUACGCCACUUAAACAACAACAUUUUUGCUUAUUCAAUAUUGCUUUUUGAAAUGGAUAUGAAAACGGGAUAUUUCACUUUUUUGUUGUUUUCAACUUAUCUUGCACCAGCGGUGAGGAGUGACUCGGUUUUUCAACUGACAGAUAAUGAUUUUGAUCAAUAUAUUAAGGACAAGGAGGCAAUGCUAGUGGACUUUUACGCUCCCUGGUGCAGUGAUUGUAAAAGACUCGAACCAAAAUACGAAGCAGCAGCAAACAUGCUCGCCGCAAAGGAAGAGUUUGUUUUAGCAAAGAUCGAUUGCUAUGGUACGGGAAUGGCAACAUGCCGAAGAUUUGGAGUGCGAACCUGGCCUCAAUUAAAACUUUUUAAGUAUGGACGAUACGAAGGAGAAUAUUACGGAGCUGAAGAUGCCUACGCGAUAGCAGCAUUUAUGGACGGAAUGGUUAAAGAACCGGAGAGUCAACCAGCAACAGUACAAAACUCCCAAAUGUAUGGCAAAGCACAACAUGGCGGCCAGCUCUCUUCGCAAUAUUAUAACUCAUUUGGAUAAAGAAAGAUAGCUUUGAAUUUUUGUUUUUAAUGUUAAGCGCAUUAUAGACAUGUAGAAUGAUAUAAUGAUUAAAACGACACGACAUAA